GGGUCUCUUUAUUUAUUUUUCUUUUACAAAUCAUGAAAAUAGAUGCGAACCAUUCUUCUCAUCACAAAAUGCCAUUAGAGUGAGAUCUAAUCCCUAGGAAGCAACUAAGAACAUAGCUGACCCACCCUACUCCAUUUUUCUCUACUGAAGCUUAAAUUAGCACUACCCACUCGCUUCAGAUUUAAAUUCUCUUCUCAAAACAUGCAUGAAUGAUUCAACAACACCCAGAGCAAAAAAAACCCAACAAAUUAAAAGAAAAGAUUGUUCUUAAUUUUUUUGAAUGAUUGUUGGUUUCUGGUAGCUGUCUGUUUGUCUUCAUCAACAGAGGCCGUUGAACAGUUGAAACCUUUCACUUUAUUUUGUGUUUAAUUUACUGCUCACCGUCACGAGGCAGGGGAUUCUUCAAAGGAAUUCGAGGCAUUAUUAUCUUUAUUCUUCAAUUUCCCACCAAAAUAAACUCUCACAUUCACUUCUUUUUGUUUGUUAGUCUCUUUCUACACACUGCGAAAUUCUCCUAUCUUCGUCAUUUCUUAAGCUUCUUGGAUUCAUCCUUUUCUCCGUCAAGUACUCCAUUCCCUUUGUUUUACUUGCUAUUUUAAUGGGUCGUUCCUUUUUCAUCUUCUUCUUGAUGCUUAUUUGAGUCUGAUUCACUUUUCCCAAGAUUGCUACUGAUUCAGAUAUCUUUCUCCCCUUUUGGAAACAGAUUCCAUAUUUGGGUCUUUUUUUGUGUUCAUCUGAAAAUUUCACUUUCUGGUUCUGUUUCUUUCUUCGAUUUUACUUUCUAUCUCACAAAUUUUCAGGUGGGUUUUGGGUAAAAAUGCCUCCCUUGUUCUUCCCUCUUCGGUGGGAGAGUACAGGGGAGCAAUGGUGGUAUGCUACGCCGAUUGAUUGGGCGUCCGCCAAUGGGUUUUACGACGUCGUUAGAGAGCUUCUUCAUUUAGACACAAAUCUCCUUAUUAAACUCACAUCUCUCCGCCGUAUUCGCCGCCUUGAAACUGUGUGGGAUGAUGAAGCUCAGUUUGAAGAUGUAGCAAAAUGCCGUUCUUAUGUUGCUAAGAAACUCCUCCUAGAAGGAGAAUUGAAAGGGGGUAGAAAUUCUCUUAUUCGUGCUGGCUAUGGCGGUUGGCUUUUGUACACAGCUGCUUCAGCUGGGGAUUUAGAUUUUGUAAUGGAAUUACUGGAGAAAGACCCUCUUCUUGUUUUUGGAGAAGGAGAGUAUGGAGUUACUGACAUUUUAUAUGCUGCAGCUAGGAGUAAGAACUGUGAGGUUUUUAGGCUUUUGCUUGAUUUUGCUCUUUCUUUAAGGUGUUGGCCAGGCAGUGAAGAGGGGACAAUGGAGGAAGCAUUGGAUGAAAGUGAAAUGGAAAUGCCUUUGGCCUUCAGAUGGGAAAUGAUCAAUAGAGCUAUUCAUUGUGCUGCCAGAGGAGGCAAUUUGGUGAUGAUGAGAGAGUUAAUUGGGGAUUGUCCUGAUGUUCUGAUUUACAGGGAUUCUCAAGGAUCUACCAUCCUCCAUACAGCUGCUGGAAGAGGACAGAUUGAGGUAGUGAAGAAUCUUGUUGAUUCCUUUGAUAUCAUCACAAACACUGAUGGCCAAGGAAACACUUCAUUGCAUGUGGCUGCAUACAGAGGUCACUUAGCUGUGGUGGAGUUUCUGAUCAAUGAAUCCCCCUCCCUAACAUCUAUGUCAAACUAUUAUGGAGACACUUUUCUUCAUUUAGCUGUGGCUGGUUUCAAAACCCCUGGCUUUAGAAGAUUAGACAGGCAGAUUGAGCUCAUGAAGCAUCUGUUACACGGAAAGUUGUUGAAUGUGCAGGAGAUCAUCAACCUCAGGAACAAUGAUGGAAAAACUGCACUUCAUUUGGCGGUGACUGAGAAUGUUCAGUGUGACCUUGUAGAGCUGCUUAUGUCUGUGCCAUCAAUAAACUUGAACAUUACUGAUGAGGAUGGCUUCACCCCACUUGAACUUCUCAAACAACAGCCAAAAUCGCCGUCUUUAGAUAUUCUUAUUAAGCAAUUUGUUUCAGCUGGAGGGAUCUCGAAUCAUAGUGAUUAUAUGGCAACAAAUGCUUUAUUUUCCCAUAUGAAAACGCAAGGCAUUGGAAGCAGUCCUGGAACUUCCUUCAGAAUUCCAGAUGCAGAGAUAUUCUUGUACACAGGUAUUGAAAAUGUGUCUGAUCUUACUCGUAGUCAAGUGGAUGAGGACUUCGAAUUACACUCGGUUGACAAUGGCGAGUGUGAUUCAGUGGAUUCAUCAGACAAUAAGUCAAUCUCUACAGUGAAACGCCUAAAGUUCUUCCUACAAUGGCCUAAGAGUAAAGAGAAAAGGCCAACCAGAACAGAUUGUAUAGAUGAUUAUAGUUCAGGGAUGUUUGAUAUAUCAAGAACUUCACAACCCAAAUCAGUCUCACUUAGACAUCAAUAUUCAACCAAUUCAUGCCUUCCACACAACAGAAGAACAAUUACAGCUCCAGUCAUGAACAUUCCUCCAAGCCCAUCAACCAAGAAAAGGUUUGCUGCUGGAUUGAUGCACGGUGUAAUCCAAGCAACGCCGAAGUUAGCCAAUCCAGCCCGAUCACCUUUGAGCCCCUUUUCAGGGUCACCCCUGUCUUCUCCAAUGUCAAUGCAGGAUUACCAAGAAACGACGGGCAUUGGUGGAGUCUCUUGCUCAAACAAGAAAGUGCCAGUCACAAAAUUCAGACAAGAUUCCUUCAACAGAAAGAUGUUGAUGAACCAGUACUUCUGUUUUGGCGCACAAGGUCUCGCUGUUGAAGAUCCAAUCAGCUGCAAGAGGGCAAGUCAGAAGAACAAAACUUUUGGUUCUCUAGUCACUUGAUGUUAACAGAGUGUACAUAGAACUUGCAUCAAUAAGCAAAACACAAAAGGACAAGUUUUUUAUGAAUCUGGGUAUUGAUUGUAUUACUCAAUUCAUUCGACUAAACUUACAAGUCUUUUAAUGUUUUGCUUCA